ACGGUUCUUGACCCUUUUAUUAAUUUCUUCUUCUUCUUCUCACAAUUCGUAACCUAGAAACUUGGUUGAAGAAUUAACAACCGCAUGAUCAAGUCCACUAUAUUAUAUAUAUUUAUAAUAUUUACUCGUAUAAGUACGUAGUACACAGUAGUAACUAAUAAAUUUAUAUUUAUAUAAUAGUAGUAUUGUUACUAAAGAGAGCUAGUCAAAACGGUGAGACCAAAUCCACCUCCAAACUCAACGACCCCAAAACGAGAGACAUUCAAAUUAGUUAAAACUCACCAAAGAUGGAACGGUUUAACAAAUCCUACUUCUGUCUCUUUAUUAGUCAUAUAUUUCACCACUAACAUAUAUAUAUAUAUAUAUGUCCUUAUAAUUAAUUAACAUCGUGAUAUAUUAUAUAGAUUAAAAAUUUGAUGAUGGGAAACUCUGUGGUCUCACAAAAUAAUCCAACCUGUAAUAAUGGGAAAGUUAUUCUAUGGGAUGGUUCAAUUCAGGAAUUGGAAAACCCCAUCACCGCGGCGGAGCUCAUGUUGGAGCACCCUCAGCAAGCGGUGGUCGAGUUCCAAUCCGCCGUUACGGGAAAACGACCGACGCCGUUGCCGGCAGACAUGAAGCUGGAGACUAAGAAAAUGUACAUGAUGGUUCCGAUGAAGCGAGGGAGAACGGCAGCUCUUUCUUCUGAGGAAAUCCACCGACUUCUUCUUGUGGCGAAUUCGGUUCUGAGAAGUACUCGUUACUCAUCGGUGAAGUUUUUGCCUCUGUUUGCUAGAAUUUGCCCCGUGGAUUAUGGAGGAUCACUUGGGGUUUUGGUGCCGAAGAUCAAGGAAAAGAAGAAGAUGAUCGAUGGUAGUACUGGUGAUGAUCAGGAGAAUAAUAAGACAAAGUAUGUUCCUUUGGAAAGUUUGGAGGAGAGUACGCCGCCGGAGUAUUUGACGAGGCAGUUCUCUGGCAGGGGUUGGAAACCUAGUUUGGACACUAUUGAGGAGAAGGUAACGGUCGACAAGAAGAUCACUCAUUGGUUGUUUUAGAUUCUCUCUCUCUAUAUACAUAUAUUUAUAUCAUGGAUAUAAUAAGUUGAAUUGGUAAGUAUAUGUAAGAUACACAUAUAUUAAAAAAAAAAUAGAGUAAUGGGUUUGAAUUAGAGUUUUUGUUUUCGUGAUAAUAUUUUGCAAAGCAAAGUAAAUUAAGGUACCCACACUAUUAGAGUGGACGUCUUUUAUCCGGA